GCCUGCGACCGAGACCAGCAGUGCGGAGGAGGGAUGUGCUGUGCGGUCAGCCUCUGGAUCCGCAGCCUGCGGAUGUGCACGCCGAUGGGAAAUUUGGGAGAGGAGUGCCAUCCUUUGAGUCACCGAGUGCCCUUCCCGGGGCGGCGGACGCACCACACGUGCCCGUGCCUGCCCGGCCUGGCCUGCCUGCGGACCGCGCCCGGCAGAUUCAGGUGUCUACUGGACUUCAGGAAAGAAGACGUCUUUUUUUAG